GGACCUGCGUCAGUGCUCUGGGUGAUCUUUGUCCUGCGUGCAUCAGCCUCUCCACCGGCUCUCUGCAGGUUUCUGGACAUCAAGACCAAAAACAUCCACUCAAAAUGGGAGGCUACUGCUCCAACCUGGAUGAUAUACUGGAGGAGGACAUGCACCACUGGUAUACCAAGUUCAUGAGGGAGUCGCCCUCAGGGCUCAUCACCCUCUUUGAGCUCAAGACGAUGCUUGAGAUGAACGGGAUGACGGAGGAGGCCGGCAGCUACGUGGACCAGGUCUUCUUCACCUUCGACAUGGACGGGGACGGCUACAUUGACUUUGUCGAGUACAUCGCAGCCAUCAGCUUGUUACUGAAGGGAGAAAUCAACCAGAAGCUGAAGUGGUACUUCAAGCUCUUUGAUCAAGAUGGAAACGGGAAGAUUGACAAGGACGAAAUGGAGACGAUAUUCAAGGCAAUUCAAGACAUCACCCGGAGCUACGACAUCCCCCCGGAGGAGAUCGUGACGCUCAUAUACGAGAAGAUCGACGUCAAUGGAGAAGGUGAGCUGACUCUGGAGGAGUUCAUCAGUGGAGCGAAGGAGCACCCCGACAUCAUGGACAUGCUCAGCAAGAUGAUGGAUCUCACCAACGUCCUGGAGAUCAUCAUCAACGGUCAGCAGAAGAAAGCUGAGAACUGAAGCGACGACCCCCACCAGCUGGGGCCGCGCUGGACAGACGGAGACUGUUCUCACGAUGGGACUUUUUGAGGAAAGAGUGUUUGUGCUGGACGAGGAGCCAAAUCUCAGAAAUGCACAGGAUGAAAUAAACGAACUGAUGGAGCAGCCCCACGCUGAUAUGAUCCCUAUGGUCGCUGCCCGAGGGACCGAGGGAUCUACUUGUCCUCUCCCUGCUGCUUGUGCUCUCACCCUCCAGAUUUGUUAAGACGGUAUCAGAUCGUGUGUGUGGAGAGUCUCAGUGAAGGACUGACCCGGCUGCUUGCAAGUUCCCAUCAAGCUUCAAGUAGCCGGUGCAAAGCAAGGUGGAUGACACCCUUUGCCUUGUGAAUCUCACUGAGCUGGAGAGGGUGUUUGAGCGUGAGGAGUGCAGUCAGCACCAGAACGUCCUGGGCAGCUGUGGGAUCAUUUGUUUUUCAUAAUUUAACUUCAGAAAAAAAUUAUAUUUGAACAUAUUACACAUUUCAAUUCUGUUCCUCCAGUUGAAUCAAAGUGUAAAACUAAGCGAGACAUACUGAUAAAACGUCUUCAUGGUCAAGUCCUAUAUGCCAAUCUAUGACAUAACUACUGUAUUUGGGUGUUGAGAUUUUAACGUCAUGUGGUUAACAUCUAAAACACUCACUGAAGUAGUUUGUUCCUUGUUCACUGAGUUGCUCUUUGCAUUAAAUUUACACUUUCAGAUGUUUCAAAAACUUGAUUGUAACUAAAUAUAUAUAUAUAAAUAUAUAUGUAUAUGUAGACGCUGAAUGUUGAUGAAAUGUAAUGUUUCAUAUUAAUUUCGCUUCACCCAAGGUUACAUUGUUGCCUUAAAAAAUACAGUGGAUUGUUUGUUUCUUUAAAAGUGUUUUUUGUGUCUUCAGUUUUUUCUGCCAGGUUAAAAAGAUGCAGGAGCAGAAAGGAAAUGAAAUAUGACUUCCAGAACAUAAGAAAAUAUCAUGCACAUGUAGUAGAGUCUAGGCAAUACCUUACAAUAAAGGAAGGGGAAUUCA